UAUGCACAUAGAUUUUAUAUUAUUAAUGCGGAUUGGUUGUGCUUGGGAAUCUAUGGUGGCUCUAGAACUCAUACCUCCCUUAUUUUUACCCCUUCGACCCGUCACUAGUUAGAUUUUCACUAAAUUCCCAGCGGCUUACGGCUUACUUGCCAUAAAGCGAGCGAAUCUUUUCACGGUUCAUAAACCCAAGAUAUUCAUACUAUGCUCAACGCUACAUUCUCCUCUAACCUCUCUAUACCAUUUCGUUUCCCAGCUAUGAUCAUAGCUGUCAUAUAUUUUACACCAUAUGUCCCAAAUAACUAGACUCUACAUCAAACGCCUUAUUGUCCAAUCUAGAUCAUGGACAUCCCCUUGGAGAAAGAUGACCAACUCGAAGCCUCCAAAACUUCACCAGGCCUCUAGCAAGCAAUCUGCGUGCAACCAACCAAGGACGAUGAUCCCGCCAACAAACGUCUGAAAGGUUUCUGAGUUCCCAGCCCGUUGGAACAGGCUCCAUGGGCUUCGCAGGAAGUGCCCAUAAACCCCAAAACCCAAACCCUAUAGAAUAAUGCACAUACCCUAUUCUCACGGAUAGGGACAAUGAAAGGAACUCAUAGAAUACCAACCUAGAGGAUUCUGUUAGAUAAGUGAACUAUAGUGCAUUCUGGUUAGCGGGCUAUUUUCCACUUUUUCUCCCCUCAGAAGAGAAUCCAAUCGUCCAGAUAUAGUUGUAGAAGUGGCCCACAUUCCCUGGAUCCUGGUCUACGAUGAUGCGUUCGCGUCGGCCUUUCUGCUAGCGGAUUGGAAGGGAACCUAUUAGAACACGCCCGCCAUAGCUCUCACAGAUUUUGCCUAGCUGUUCCGUAUCGCGUUGGUAUAUGGACAACCAACCGUGCGCUUUGAGCCAUGAUAUAUUAUGCUUGGAAAACUGGUGGUUACGCAAAGUACUUUGCCGCGGGAGAAUCGAGGCCGAAGUUGGUCCCCUCGGAUCACCUAGUUCCGUUUCCUUGAGCCUUAAGGGGGUAUCUUAAGGACAGUGUCGCCGACUGGCCUACACUAAAAACAAAGGAGAAACAAUCCGCAGUCGAACAGACUGCCUUUGUUGCAUUCGCCUUGGUGCGGGCUCCAGAAACCUGCCGUCCAACAUCGACGCGUGUCCCGUUAAAACACAUAUGUUCUCUAAAAGGGAGACGAAGGAAAAAUAGAGAAUAAUGAGCCAAACGACUAGGUCGAACAUCAAAUCAAUCUGGCCAUUGCCAUUGAAAACAAUGUUGCAUGCGUUUCAUUGCAUAGACAUGUUCCACAGCACCGGGUGUAACACCAGAUAAGCUAUAUCAAAGAAGGGGGAUGGGGGACAGACAUUAGCAGUGGAUAGGAAAUUUUUAUGCCAUUGGUAGCAGGACAAGGCCCGCCAAUUUCGUGGGAUUGCUUUCCCAAAUCUUCGAGACGACUAUUGACCACUAAGGACACCAAGGCGAUGCAUAUCCCGUAUGUCAAAAUGUGGAAUUUCCAUAUACAGACAAUUUGCCGAUUGCCUCACAAUAUUUUAGCUGGAGAAGCCCCAGCUUUCACUCAGUCUCACCACGAAUGCAAAGCUCGGGAUAUGUUUUUAUUUCAUCUGUGACCAAUCCCGAAAGAAGCCGUGAUUCAAACAUACCGGCCACAAUCCAAGAAUUGGAGCCGGUUCCAUUUUCAACACGCAAAAGAUGUCAGAUAGUAUUUAAGCCAGGACUGGACGACAAUAUUCACUGAUUGCGGAAGGGCGCCCUUUUCGAAAUCGAGAAACGAGUUUGACGGACACCCUCCAAUAAAGAAUAUCCCCGGUUUUGACGCUGUAAACACGCCAGAGACUCGCAUCGGUAACCACACUAGAAGCUAAAAUUCAGCUUCAAGCCGGGAUCUUAUGUAUAACCAGAGCAAUGCCGCAGCAAACAUGUUGGGGAUCGAUGCCCAGCUGCCGAAAUAUGCGUGGCCAUUCAGCAGUAUCAAAGUAGAAUUAUAUUAAGCCCCCCCACAACAGCAGGACUUGCCACUCGUACAGCGAAGGGAAUUUUCAACAACGCCAUCUUAUCAGUCUAUCACCCAUCUCUGCGCCAUGAUUGGCACGGAUCCUCGCACUGAAAGCGGAAUCAGUUCGUUGCCUUCAAUAAUUGAGGGGCAAUGGAAUGGAGCAAUGUCAACUGACAUUAUGAUUCAGCCGCAUCCGCAGUUCCAUCCGUUGGACGGCACACAUUGCCCAAAAACUUGAAGAAAUAGACUAUUAGGUAAUAGGAAACUGAUAUCUUGCCGGGUCUGGACAGUCGGGCGAUGGCAAGAGGUGCUGGACAGUACAAAUGUGUCUAGCGUAUGUGGGGAAGCGUCCAUGGCAGUGUAAGGAAUUGCAUACUUGUCUGGAACAAGUAUGUGCGAAAGGAGAACUCGACUGGAGCACACCAAGCUGAGCCCUUUGCUACGAGAAACGGUCCUUCGCAGGCUGGUUCGUUCGGUGCCGCAAACACGAUAGAAAAAUCGCAGGUCCACAGUCUUCAGGAGAAAUGGAAGCUCCAGGCUGCAUGUUUUGGUAUUACGGUAACUCUCCGCCUAGACAUGUGCGCUGGCCGUAUUGAAUACGCGCCAAGCUUAUUUCCGACCAAGCCCUAACCCUAACUGCAUCCCGACCCCUGGAGAUCGCAUCUUUUUGCUUUUUCUGGCCUCUUAAAUCAACCGACUGAUAAGCUUAUGAGACAGACUAUCACUGCCGCUAGUUAACCAGUUUUGCCCUUCUCCUUGUGGGUUUGGGUUUAUGGCUCCCACUAGCCCCGAAAAAUUGGUUGGAUUUGGACCGUGGCCCAUCUAGGUGACAUCAGAAAGCGCGGGAAAGAAACCAUGGGCCCAAUGCAGCGUUGGGUGCGAUGAUAGGUGGGCCAAACCCGAGAAACUGCUCAAGAAUCGGGCGAUUGGAGUUUCCAAGGUUGGUCCAAGGGUGGAGGCGAGAUGCGUAAUGCGGAAAAAGGGAGCCCUGGAAUAUGCGAGGACAAGAUCUGCUGGCAACUUUUUCAGAGAUGCAACACACACCUCUUAACUAUACAUACCUAGUUACGACUUAAAUGGACGGGAACUCUCAACUCGAGUACGGACUUGCCGAAACAGCAGCAAACAUAGGAAUUGCAAUUAUUGCAAGGCAGGCAGCAUACAUAAUAACUGAUCCAGGAGAUUGAAACGCCGCACUGCACUGUCGCAAACCAGGCCCGUCAGCACGCAAUCGCGGACUGGCGGUGAAUCUGCUGCACCUUAAUAACUUAUUAUUAUCAACUGGACAGGACUCAAUUUUUUGAUCCACGGAAAUAAUCUAGUUGAGCGCAAAAUAAUAGCCCAGCCAUCUUUCGGUCCCAUGACUCCCAUCUAUGUGGGACGGUUUUGCUCUGGAUGAUUGAAGAGCAAUUACGCAGCGUAUGGGAAAAAGUUUCCCCACAUUCACAUCCGACUCUUGUUCUUGUACUAGAAAAAUGUGUGGCCUCCAGUUUUGGUUCAUAAAUGGCGAAACCUGGCCACCGGGAAGAUUUUUCAUCUACUUCUUUACUCUCUUUUCCUUUCAUUCUCUCUUUUCCUCCAAGAAGCGUAGGUUCAUAUCACCUACCUCUAUUUAAUUAUAAUACUUCAAAGCCCUGCCUCAUUCGUUCUAUCUGCUCCCUAUUCCUGUCACAUCAUUAUCCAAGAAAGUCAAUCACUGUUAAAAAGAAAGGCACGCGACACAUCUCUCAUCAUGACUGACCGCAAGAAACCAAACAUUCUCUACAUCAUGGCGGACCAGAUGGCCGCUCCUCUUCUUUCCCUAUACGACAAAAACUCCCCGAUAAAGACACCCAACCUUGACCGUCUCGCGCGUGAAGGCGUCUGCUUCGAAUCUGCAUACUGCAAUUCGCCACUUUGUGCCCCAUCUCGCUUCACCAUGGUGACUGGGCAGUUACCAUCUAAGAUCGGAGGCUAUGACAAUGCAAGCGACUUGUCAGCGGAUACCCCUACUUACGCACACUACUUGCGCAAGGAGGGGUACCAUACUGCGCUGGCGGGGAAAAUGCAUUUCGCGGGACCGGAUCAGUUGCAUGGAUACGAGCAACGCCUGACGAGCGAUAUAUACCCAGGAGAUUAUGGAUGGACUGUUAAUUGGGAUGAGCCUGAGGUUCGCCUGGAUUGGUACCAUGACAUGUCCUCGGUGAUGCAAGCUGGACCCUGCGUCCGCACAAAUCAGCUUGAUUACGACGAUGAGGUGAUUUACAAGUCAACCCAAUAUCUGUAUGACCACGCUCGCCACCGGCGUGACCAGCCGUUUUGCCUCACGGUUUCCAUGACCCACCCUCACGACCCAUACGCCAUGACUAAGGAGUACUGGGACCUAUACGAAGAUGUGGAAAUCCCUCUUCCCAAAACCUCAGCCCUACCACACGACAAGCAGGACCCACACUCCCAGCGGGUGCUAAAGUGCAUUGAUCUCCUCGGCAAGGAAAUCCCCGAAGAGCGCAUUCUAGCUGCGCGCCGAGCAUAUUUCGCCGCCUGCUCAUAUGUGGAUGCGCAGGUUGGCAAGUUGAUGGCAACCCUGAAGGCUUGCGAGCUUGAUGAUAACACGAUCGUCGUCUUCACGGGCGACCACGGUGACAUGCUUGGUGAGCGGGGCCUGUGGUAUAAGAUGGUAUGGUACGAACAUGCCGCUCGAGUGCCAAUGUUUGUCCACGCGCCGGGCCGCUACAAGCCAAGGCGCGUCAAGGAGAACGUCUCCACCAUGGAUUUACUCCCUACCUUCGUAGCAAUGACCGGUGGCGAAAUGAACACCGAUCUCCCCAUUGACGGCGUCUCGCUGAUGCCCUACAUCCUUGACGAGGGCUCGCCCGAGGCAGUUUCCGGCGUGAAAACCGACACCGUUAUCGGCGAGUACAUGGCUGAAGGUACCCUCGCGCCGGUUGUUAUGAUCCGGCGGGGUCCAUGGAAGUUCGUAUACUCACCCAUCGAUCCGCCAAUGCUCUAUAACGUUGAGAACGACCCAACCGAGUCAAACAAUCUUGCGGCUGGUCUUGAAAUACCAACAACAAAGCCGCAACUCGAAAAGUCUCUCCCAACAGGACCUGCUGCACCACCAACACCGCGUGUUUCGCCACUACCAGACACACUCAACGUCCCCUUCUUCUCCAACCACAAGGUCAACCCAGCACAGGUCCUGACACCUCCACGUACACCAACCCCAAGCGCUACCCCCGCGGGCGGGCUCACCAGCCCAUCCCAAACCGACAUCCAAGCACUCCUCUCCGCCUUCAUCUCCGAAGCCCAUUCGCGCUGGGACUUCGAAGCACUGCGGGCGCAGGUUCUGCACUCACAGCGGCGCCGACGGCUUGUCUACUCAGCCCUAGUGAAGGGGCAGUUCACGCCAUGGGAUUACUCGCCCGUCACCGAUGGCAGUGCGCAGUUUAUCCGCAACAAUGGCAAGGGGGCGUUGGGAGAUGUCGAGCUGCUCAGCAGGUACCCGCGCGUUAUGCAGUGGGGUGGAAACGGGGCCCGGAACGGCGUGUAGAGAAGACGCCUUGGAGGGAAGGUUUUGGGGGGGGAUAAGGUGGUGAGUUUUAAGUGAGUGUGCGGUUUUUAUGUGUUGGAGCGUAUUUUAUAUAUCUCACUAUAUAUAUUGUUCGAAAAUCGAACUCUACGAACGACGCCCGCCUAGUUUGCCAGAAAAGCCAAGGGAACCCGACAAAAAGGAAACGAAGAACGAAAAAUGGAAAAGAUACGAGGCCUAGAGCCCAUCUCAGGUUGGUGGACGAGGUGAUAGUGAUAUGAUACAUAUCAGACAAGUUGGUCUAUGAGGAUAUGAGGCCAGGGUUUCUAGGUACGUACAAAAGACCUUUGUUCAUAAAAACAAAUCACCAUCACGUCUCAUCCCCGGGUAACUGUAUCGUAUAUAUAUGGGCCAUUCCAUAUAUGCCGUACGUAUGUGUGUUUGUUUAUUUACAACACCACGGGAAAGCAUACCCCCGCGCCCGUACAAACAAGGUGGGGGAAAGGGGAUCUAUGAGAUAAGAGACUGUUUUCCUGUGUAGUCUGACAACAUAUAUACAUAUAUAUAUAUAUAUACAUUGAUAUAUAUAGCUAUUUACAUAUACAUGUCCUGCACGUGUAUAUGUAUAAAAACACGCGUCUCGAUAAUAUGACUAACGGAAUAGACAAGUGUAGCGAUUUGAGGUAUAGAUAAACUAUAUACAUAUAUAUAUUCGUAUAUUAUGAUUUGAACCGGGAGGAAAUAACGAAAGAUUGAACCCGGAUCAAACCCUCCCCUAACGAAAUUGAACAGAAAGCUUCUCCAUUGACUUUUUAUUUUCCUUCUCUAACAUGCUUUCCGCCGCUUAAGCCGCCCAUGCUUUUUACCGCCGAAUUAUCGUUGCCGUUUUUCCCUCCCCCUUCUAAACAGAAUGUUCCGUUGUUUCCCACGAUAUUCCUUCCUCAAGCGACUCCUGGUUAUCGGACAUGGUUUGGUUGCGCCGUCUAUCCUUGCCUCGGAAUUUAGUUAAACAGUAUACAGUAUAAUAAAUAGUUUUUUCAUUCGAAUCUAGAUCCAUUAAACAGGGGGUGAAAAGUAGAGAGAUGUAAAAUUAUCUAUAUAAUCUCUACACAACAACCCUCACGAGGGCAGAGAGUAUGAAACCCUUAGGCAGUUACUUUAUAUGUAUGGUACGACUAUUUCCACAAACUCGCUGAAAAUCCGAAGCUGCUAUUAUUUCAGUUUAUCCCCUCUUACUUUCUUGAACAAAACCUUCGCCAUCUUCUCCUCCCGCCAAUACCAAACAGUCGCCGCCGUUGCCCCAGGUCCAACAGCAACAGUACCCAUCAUAAUGGCCCCAACCGCCACGCCUAUGUUAACCCGUGCCCUGCCAACACGAUUCAUAUCCCACACGGCUAGAACGCACCAGACCGUUGUAGCGAUCCAGAAGACCCCAAAGUCCACAAGCCAGAGGGUGCGGGUACGCGUCUCAGGCACAGAGGGAAGUUCCAAACUGCCGAUGGCGAGUGGGAUGAAGAUAUCCACGAUGGAUAUGCCUGGAUAACUAGGCGCGAGCGCCGCGGAGAGGGUAAAGAAAUGUGUUAACGCGGCAACAUUGAAGACCAAAAGGUAGACGCGGUUCAGGAAUGGAAGGUCUGGCAUGGGUUUAUCUGCCGGUGGAGUUCGAGGGCUGUCCGGGUAGCCUUUGGCGUAUACUGUGGAAAGAAGGCUGAGGAUGAUGUUGACGUAUAUAGGGGCUGGUUUCCAGAUUAGGGACAUGACUUCAGCGAGGCGGCGGCCCGAGUAUCCGUGAUAUGAAAAUAAGAGGGUAGGUAGGAGGUAGCCGAGUAGGAGUGCUGGGAGCAGUGCCUUCGCGUAGGAUGUUGGAACUUGACGGGAGACUGGCCACCAGUAAUUCGUGUUUGAUGAUGUUAGAAUGUAUGCUAUAUAGUACAGGGGCCCAAUAAUGGCAAUGCCAAAGACUUGAUAUAGGAUGGCCCAAAAGCUUGUGCUAAAAGAUAUUAAAUGUUAGUUAACACUGUUGUACAGCAGCAGAGAAACGACUCAGGGGUAACUCACAAGAUGCAGAAUACAUUGACUAGGUGCAAGCAUCCUGUUGACAGUUUCAUGACGUGGAAGGGAACUGGACAGAGCUUUAUAAAGGAACUCGAUUCCUAAGGACGGAACCAUGUUGGCAUUUUCAACCGAGCCUGACG